UUUAAACCAAAUAAUUGCAUAACUUAUUUUUGUAAGGAACAAUGGGGAAAAUUGUUUACCGAAGGUUCAGUUAAAACCUAUAAAUUUGGGCAAUUCUGUUGGGUAUUUUAAGUUGGCUUGGUUUACUGAGCGUCUUAGAAGAAAUCUACAUAAGACAAAGAUUCAACUCUUUGAUCAAUAUGCUGAUCAAAGUUUUGUGCUGCCUUGUGCUUGCCUCAACUACAUAUGGGAUGAUUAAUGUACAUCCACGGUUAGUUGGUAGAGUAAUCCAUGUCGAAUCAACUCGGACUCGAGCAGAAUACGUUACAGUCAGUGGUACACAUGACGGUGAUACAUGGCGAUACUAUAUGAUUCUACCGUCUAUUGCACAAAACGAGAUUUCUUACAGAGAACAUUCCAGUUUUCUUGUUCGUACCUGUGCUACCGAUUAUGUUUGCUUAGAAAGUGUGAAGACUGAGUAUCGGAAUAGGUUUUGGGCAGCAGAAUAUCCAAGUGGUGAACCCAGAAAAACUAUCGUUUUAGCAGAGGAAAACUAUCCCGAUGGAAACACUCAUAUCCAUUUUAAAAUACAAUGUACAGAUAAUGGGCUCACAGAUUGCAAUAUUUUGCCCAGACGAUUUUCUGAUUAUUAUGUGGCGCACUUAUGGCAAGAAGGACGGCAUACGCCAGGACGAUACUAUGCAUCAUUGACAAACAAAGAUGUUCCAUAUAGGUCAUGGAUCAUCCAUGCUCCCAAUCCUACUGAACAAGAAGAAGAAUUUUUUCGAAUGGACAACCAGGUGGUAAACGCGACACAUCAGUACGAGGAAACUGUGAGUGUCGGAAUCUCUGACACAAAAACAACGACUCAAUCGGUCUCCUACUCAGUGUCAAUGGAAGUGGAAAGUGCGUUUAAGAAAUUCUCGGCAAGUGCUGGAUCUAGCAUCAGUCAAUCAUGGCAGACUGAAAAAUCUACGACUUACUCUCAGACGAUAACUAAAUCAAUUUUAAUAAAUAUUCCAAGCAACACUAUGGUCGUCGCAUAUCAGCUCGUGGGGAAGUACAACGACCAGUUUAGUAUCGGUGCACAGGCAUACAGAAUUACAUCUGUUGACAAAGAUGGUAAUAAAAUGGAGAAGUUUGUGCAAAAUGUGGAUGAGAUUGAUGUGGGAAGUCUUAUGCAGUCUGGUAUAUCCAACUCUUCGACUGGUACACCAACAAAAGAACGAAAAGAAAAAGCGUCUGAACCAAAAGAAAGUUCUGAUCAGCGUAUCUAUCACCACCAUGACCACUAUCAUUAUGGUGAGAAAAAAGAACUCUAAGCUCGUAUAUAUCUUACAUGCCACAUACCUUGAUUUUGGGAUUUGAUUUGCUUAUUGACUUACUUGUUUGUAAUUUUGUAAUCAGUAUAUAUAAGAUUAGCAGCACUAUACGUUUUUUUUUUCGAUGCAGAGUCAAACUUUUUACUGACUUAUAUACGAUAGUCUUUUACAAAAAAUAAUGACACUGCAAUUAA